AUGGCGCUAUCCUGCCUGUGCUCCAGAAAGAGUUUGCAUUUCAGAGGGUCCCCCUGUGUUUUCAGCACUGCAGCUCAGCAGAGAAGUACAGGAGAUGAGUGUGGCCCAGAAGAUCCCCAUGACGAGCCCAAGCAUCCCCUUUCUGACUGUGCCUUGGAGCACAAAGCCAUCAAAUUGGAAGAACAAGUCCGAGAUUUGACUGAGCGAUACCGGAAAGCUUUGGCAGAUUCCGAGAAUGUCCGGAGGAGAACACAGAAGUUUGUGGAAGAUGCCAAGCUCUUUGGGAUCCAGAGUUUCUGCAGGGACCUCGUGGAGGUAGCAGAUAUCUUGGAGAAGACCGCCGAGAGCGCCGCGGGAGAAGCGGAGCCCAGUAACCCAAACCCAGCCCUGAAGAAGAUCUACGAAGGCCUCUCCCUCAUAGAGGCCAAGUUGCAAAGCGUGUUUGCCAAGCACGGCCUUCAGAAGAUGAACCCUGUUGGUGGCAGAUAUGACCCCUACGACCACGAGAUCGUCUGCCACGUCCCGGCCGAGGGGAUGCAGCCGGGCACGAUCGCGUUGGUGACGCAGGACGGCUACAAACUCCACGGCCGCACCAUCAGACACGCGCUCGUCGGCGUGGCGGUGGAGUCACAGGAGUGACCUGGGCUCCCCCACUGCCAUCUGGGACCUUCCUGAGCUGGGGACCACCCCCAACACUCGGAGCUGCAGCUGCAUGUAUUUACUUAUUUAUUGAGCUAGGUUUGUAUCGUACGAUGGCUUCUUGAUAGUGUGUGCGGUCGUUUUGCCAUUGAUUGGAAGGUACUUGUGUAUUUAAUAAUACUUUCUGGGGUCCAUGGAGUAGUAGGAGGAGUCCUAGUAUUUGUCAGAAACGUGGCACUGUAGACCCUUUCUCCUUUGCUCAUUUCUCCAUUAAGAUUUGUAUGGGGAAGAGAUAUGGGAGAGAAAGGGAAAUUCCCUGAGAGCUAAGGAAUCUUGUCUCCCGGCUCCAUCUCUGAGACAGACUCCUACAGUGGCCUUCAGGGAAGUAACUUCUCUGCCUUGGUUCCCAUAGCUAUAUUAAGGGACUAUAAUAAUACUUACUGACCUACCUCACAGGGAUGUGGUGAGGCUUUUCCUUUGUAAAGCACUUGGAAAAGUCCAAAGGGACGAGUAUUAUUAUCAGCUGGUUUUGGUGUCUUCCCUUGUCCCCAGGCCCCUCGGAUGGGGAUGAAGAUGAUCACUUGAAAUGACAUUUAGGGGCAGCUUUUUCUUAUGUCGCUUCAGGAAAACAAUCCUGAAUUCAUGGAAUCUCUGUCGUACAGCAGUUGAAUAGAGAUGAGUGUUUAAAGAGAAUUCUGUUGUUAGGUCAGACUAACGUGUUAGUAUUUCUUCUCCAGGUAAAAUUUCACCUUGCCUCCUUGCCCAAAAGUAAAACAGGGAAUAGUGAUUUGUGGUGGGGGCAAAAAACUGUUCUCAAAUCUCUUAUUCUCCAACCAAAAUGUAUAUUUUAGAGGAGAGUAAUUUCUCUUCCCUGAUGGGUAUUUGUGCAGCUUUCAAGCAUGAUAAACUAUGUGCUCUUUGUUGCAGCUGCUGGCAAAAUGGAGAUGUGCCCUUAAGCAGGAAAUCUGGACUGCUCUAUUUUCUCAGCUCUCCAGUAAUGAUCCUCAGAUAACACUAACUUCCAGUUAGAUUCUAACUUCCAUUCAGAUUCUACUUUUGCUUGGUCACAGUAAAUAUUAAACCUUUUGGGUUUUGGUGCCAGGAGGAAAAUCUUCUCUGCUAAAAGUCUCAAGUGCCCUUGAACCAAUUUUAGCAGCGGUGACAAGGAAGCAAGAGAAGCAGAAGGCUGAGGAAGCGAAAGCUGACCUCGAGCUGUCCUCUUAGUUGGAGGCACGUUGUUGUCACAGCAUAUGUAUUUCCCAGUGGCCCUAUUGCCUGGGAGUCCAUUUGUCUCAGCUGAAAGGAUGCAGUCACUGAGGAAGAUCAGAGUUUUAACCCUUUGCAGAGCAGCCAGCAGUCAAAUGACAGAAGAACAGAUGAGCCAGCUAUGGUCUGCACUACACAAAACCAGGAAUGGUGGUUUUCAGGUUGUUUCUGCCUGAUUUGUUAAUUGCUGCCUUUUGACUUUUUGGAAUUGGAUCCAUGGCCCGACAGAUCCACUUCCAAAAAAGCUUUAUUUAUAGUGGAUGCCAUCACUGGUUUGGAAGAAAGCUUGUUCUUCUCCCAUUCUUUGCAGGCUUUGGUUGCAAAACCCUUUUGUGGUGGACUUCAAGAUUACUGCAGCUAUCAACAGUCUUUCAUCUAGGAGACUGUGUACAGCUAGUGGGUUGUCAUUCCAGAAAUUUAAGGAAGAUGCACAUUUCUAACGUGCUCCAUGCAGCCUGUUUUAGUGCCAAGUGUGGAGUGACUUGGUAGUGGAUACCUUUUGGAGUGUGGGUUUCUGCCUCUGCAUAGUAUGUUCUCAGGGUGAUACUUGAGAUUUCAACCCUGAAACUGCUUCCUGGCAGCAUUAGCUCACUUUGAACUAGCUUCUUGUUUUAACACAUUGUUGGGAAUUUCAGAGAUAAACAGAACUUCCUGUUCAUUGUUUUGCUGGUGUCUGUGCUGACCAGGUCAACAGGGUACGCUAUUUCUCCAGAAAAGCAUAGAAAAAAUAUGAAAUGUGGCAAUGCAAGUCUUGCUUUUCUCUCUCAAAACUGUCUCCAGCCUGUUCUGAG